CCCGUGCUACAAACAUGGCUGUCUCAGUGCUUCGGAUGACAAUUAUCCUGGGACUGCUUGUCUUAAUGCUGACUUGCCAUGCUGAUGGCCAACCAGAUAACAAACCAGAUGGCAAACCAGAUAACAAACCAGAUGGCAAACCAGAUGGCAAACCAGAUGGCAAACCAGAGGACAAGCCCGAUGACUCAGGCAAAAAACCAGACUUCCCCCAUUUUCUAAACCUCUUGGGCACAGAGAUCAUUGAGAACGCAGUGGAGUUCGUCCUCCGCACCGUGUCGAGGAACAGCAUGUAAGCACCGAGGCAGGCCUUGCUUUGGCCCACUUUGCUGCUGGUAAUGACCGCCAUGCAUUAAAAGGAA